GCGGCAGCACGUUUUUGUCACGUGGUUUCUCGAUGGACGGUGGAGUUUGUGGAGAUGCUGUUGCUAGUUGCUACCACUACUCUUCUUGCAGAGGCUGCUGAUUAAUUUCCCUCUAUUCGUGAUCUCAUGCACGGGGCUACCGUACUAUAUUAUCAACCGGUCCGUCCGGUUUCGAGGAUCCUCUCAUCCUCUCCGAGACCGAGAUAUUUCGGCUUUUCUAUUCAUAACUCGAAAAAGGUUCGCCGGAUAAAUUUCAGACUCUCGGCGGGAAAGGGAGAGCUUCCCGAGCUGCAGAUUCGGAGACAAGAAAAUGAAACGUCGAAGCAAGAGAAGGUUAGCGAAGGUGCCGAUUUGGGAUGGCUACCAGCUUUUCCUCACGUGUUGACAGCUUCAAUGUCCAAUUUUCUCUUUGGAUAUCACAUAGGAGUAAUGAAUGGUCCUAUUGUUUCCGUUGCAAGAGAGUUGGGUUUUGAAGGAAACUCAAUUCUUGAGGGGCUUGUGGUGAGCAUAUUCAUAGUGGGUGCAUUCCUUGGAAGCAUAAGCUCUGGCUCAAUAAUAGAUAAACUUGGUUGUAGGCGUACAAUUCAGAUUGGCACAAUACCACUAAUUCUUGGUGCUAUUGUAAGUGCACAAGCACACUCCUUGAAUGAAAUGCUUUGGGGGAGAUUCCUUGUUGGCCUCAGUAUUGGUGUGAAUACAGUUCUCGUUCCAAUUUACAUUUCAGAGGUUGCUCCAACAAAUUAUAGGGGUUCAUUGGGAACCUUGUGUCAAAUUGGUACAUGCCUUGGGAUAAUAACAUCGUUGUUUCUGGGAAUACCUUCUGAAAAUGAUCCCCUUUGGUGGAGGACAAUGUUCUAUGUUGCAAGUGUCCCUGGCUUCAUUCUUGGACUUGGUAUGCAGUUUGCCGUAGACAGCCCCCGUUGGCUAUUUAGAGUUGGGAGAUUGAAUGAUGCUAAAGAAAUUAUUUACAAUCUCUGGGGACCAAAUGAAGUAGAAAGAGCUAUUGAAGAAUUCCAAUCAGUCAACAAAAAUGAUGAUAGUGAUUUGGGAAGUACUUGGUUGGAGCUCCUGGAAGAACCACAUUCUAGAGUGGCAUUGAUUGGAGGUUCCCUUUUUGUACUUCAACAGUUUGCGGGUAUAAACGGAGUUCUCUAUUUCUCGUCUUUGACCUUUCGGGAUGUUGGUAUUACUAGUGGUGCUUUAGCGAGUGUAUUUGUUGGGCUUACCAACUUUACAGGUGCACUUGGUGCUUUAUACUUAAUGGAUAAGCAAGGGAGGCAGAAGCUUUUAAUUGGUAGUUAUUUGGGAAUGGCGGUUUCUAUGUUCCUUGUAACUUAUGCCAUCAGUUUUCCAUUAGAGGAACAACUAAGUCAUACCUUAUCAAUACUGGGAACUACCUUGUACAUUUUCUCCUUCGCAAUCGGCGCCGGUCCAGUAACUGGCCUUAUCAUACCGGAGCUGAGCAGCACCAGAACACGCGGGAAGAUUAUGGGCUUCAGCUUUUGCAUUCACUGGAUCUGCAAUUUCUUGGUGGGUCUGUUCUUCCUGGACCUGGUGGAGAAAUUUGGAGUUGCUCCUGUUUAUACUAGCUUUGGAGGUGUUUCCUUGUUAGCAGCUGCAUUUGCUAACUACUACAUAGUUGAAACUAAAGGGCGCUCUCUUGAGGAGAUUGAAAUGUCGCUGAACCCAAAUAUACGCGCUAAAGAUAACUGACCGAUCGGACAGUUUUCCAACUCCAAAGCCGAGAAAUAGAACUCCCUUCACCAUCAUGGGAAUGGUUUUGCUAUUAGGAUUCUUGUAUGCUAAUUUGGUAUCGUAUCAUUCUUUAGUACCACAUGUAAAUGGAAAAUAUUAAGUAAAUUCGUCUUUUGUUGAACAUUACUGGUGCGAAGUAAUCAAUCCAUCAACUAUGGCCUAGGGUGGUAACUCU